CCCUGAGGGUGGCUAAGUGUCCGGUUGAGCAAGGGCAGAGACCGGGUUUGGGGGUGCCGCAGAGCUCCUAGUCAGCACUCACCCUACACCAGAGCAGUCCAGGGCUUCCUCCUCCGCCCCAUCCACCGGGAGGCAUCUCUCACUCAUCAUCCAGAGUCUGGGGUUCCGCACGUGUAGGCUGGUGCAAGGUGCACUGAGAAACACUUAACCCGCCCAGGAGUCCCUUAUGGCCUCCAGUGAAAAAAGUAGUAGUGUUUUUCUGCCUCAGGGAGAAGGUUCGGAAUAAACUACAGGUGGAGGAACUUAAAGACAAUCAGUGUCUAGAACGGGGUACGAGUAAGACUGUAUAUCGAGAGUGAAAGACUGAGGAGAGAGGACAAAGCUAGCAGGGACCAAGGUUAAACUGGCCCACUUACCUCAGAGCUUCGGAAUCUACCCACCAAUUCUGUGGAGAUAGCUGGAGUAUCUUCUUUCAGCUGAAGAACAUUAGAGCAUGUAGAAGGUGGAAGGCUGCAGUAGAAGUCAGGUUCCCAAGAGUGUGGUCAGAAGUUAUCUGCCAUCAACCAUCACCAGAAGCAGAUGUUCUUCCUUCUGACACUUCGUCAUAUGCCUGCAUCAUUCACCUCUCUUACUCUCCUCACAUAGGCUUUUUACUGGCUCAAAUCACCACAAGAAGAAGAACGGUUUUCUUGGAUUUCUGAGGAUGAUAGGUACAAGGCUUUCACAGAAGGUACCUCCGCCUUGAAGGGACUCUUUUAUUGAGAAUCGAUGUCUUCUUCUGAGUAAUUGAUCACCAUAGACCCGGGGACACUUGACUCAUCAUUGAGGAAGAGUAAUUAUCAUGAAUAAUCAAAAAGCUAUAGCUACACUACUGCAAGAGUGCAAGCAAGUGCUGGACCAACUCUUGUUGGAGGCGUCAGAUGUGUCGCAGGAGGACAAGGGCGAGGACCAGCAGUACAGAGCUUCACUCCCCAGCGAGUUAAGGACCCUGAUCCAGGAGGCAAAGGAAAUGAAGUGGCCCUUCGUGCCUGAAAAGUGGCAGUACAAACAAGCCGUGGGCCCAGAGGACAAAACAAACCUGCAGGAUGUGAUUGGCGCCGGGUUGCAGCAGUUACUGGCGUCCCUGAAAGCCUCCAUCCUCGCCGGCGACUGCGCGACGGCGGCGGCCAUUGUGUUCCUGAGCGACCGCUUCCUGUACGGGCUCGACGUCUCGGGCGGGCUCCUGCGGGUCGCCCAGGCGCUGCACCGGCUGCAGCCCGCAACGCCCAUGGCCCCGCAGCUGGUCAUUCGCCAAGCGCGGAUCUCCGUAAACUCAGGGAAACUUUUAAAAGCAGAAUAUAUCCUGAGCAGUCUAAUAAGCAAUAACGGAGCAACAGGUACCUGGCUGUACAGAAAUGAAAGCGACAAGGUCCUGGUACAGUCAGUCUGCAUACAGAUCAGAGGGCAAAUUCUGCAAAAGUUAGGGAUGUGGUAUGAAGCAGCAGAGCUAAUAUGGACCUCCAUCAUAGGAUAUUUGACACUUCCUCAGCCAGAUAGAAAGGGUAUUUCCACGUCACUAGGUAUACUGGCAGACAUCUUUGUUUCCAUGAGCAAAAAAGAUUAUGAAAAGUUUAAAAACAAUCCACAGAUUAACUUGGGUUUUUUGAAGGAGUUUGACCACCAUUUGCUCUCAGCUGCAGAAGCCUGCAAACUGGCAGCUGCCUUCAGUCCCUACACACCUCUGUUUGUGCUCACAGCUGUGAAUAUCCGUGGCACAUGCUUGUUGUCAUACAGCAGUUCUAAUGACUGUCCUCCAGAAAUGAAAAAUUCAUAUCUGCAUGAGGCCAAAGAAGCGUUUGAAAUUGGCCUCCUCACCAAGAGAUAUGAUGAGCCAGUUACUGGAAAACAAGAGCUUCAUAGUCUUCUCAAAGCUGCUUUCGGCCUCACCACAGUGCACCAAAGACUCUAUGGGGAAACAGAGAUGGUCAAUGUAGCAAGUCAGCUCUGUAAUAAAGCUAUGGGAAAGCUGUACAGUUUCAGUACUUCCUCUGGAAGUCAGGAGAGAGAAGUUCUCUCUCAGGAGAUCUUGUCAAUUAUUGCCCAUGUAAAAGAUCAUUUACAAAUUCAAAGCUUCUCAAAUUUAGAUGACAAGUCUUAUGUUCCAGAGAAUUUCAAGCAUGGGUUGGAUAAACCCAUCUUGCAUGGGCAAGUGGAUUUCCAAAAAAUCCUUGAAGCCUAUUCACAGCACCAUACUUCAGUGUGUCAAGUAUUUGAAAGCUCUUGUGGAAACAACAAUAAACAGAAAGAUACAAAAACGGAAGUCUGUAUCACUACUCUAAAAACCGAGACAAGAAACAUAGAUACUGUAUGUACUGCUGAAGACAAACCACAUUUUCAAAAAAGCAUGGUAAUAUCUUCCUCCCAAAUGGUUAAGAAUAAUCAGGGGAAACUCAGGAGGAAAGGAAGGAAAAACUGGACUCAUUCUGAUACAUUUCGAGUCUCCUUGGAUCAAGAUGUAGAGACUGAGAUUGAGCCACCAGACUACAGCCAUGGUGAAGGAGAUGUUUUGAACAAGUCUCUGAGUGACAGUCAUUGCUCUAGUUCUUGGAGCAAGUUAUCAAGGGUUAGUUCUUCUACAAGCUGGGAAGAAGUAAAUUAUAUUGAUGACAGGCCAACCAGAAAGGAGCCUUGCAAAGAAGAACAUCUUGUGGAUACUCAGUGUUCCACUGCCUUGUCUGAAGAGGUAGAGCUCAGUGAGGAAAACAAAGCUUCACAUCCACUGUCUUCAAAGCUUUAUGGUCUCUCUCUCCAAGUGUCCAAGGAUGACCGUUUAGAGUCUUCUCAAAAUCAGCUACAAAAACAUGUGCCCUUGACAACCUUUUGUCCUCAUAAUACAACAGGCAUGUUCUUGGCCUCUGGUGCAGAGCUGCUAGGAGCUCCAGAAGGUGUACAGAAAGUCAGAAACACGGGAUCCAGAAAUACUUCUCAUUCCAGACGCUUGUUUGAUUCUGUUUCUUUGUCCUCUUCUGAUUCUGUUUGGCCCAAGAACAUAGCCACAUAUCCUUUGGUCCAAGAAGAAGAAACCUUUGAACUAAUUGAAUCUCCAGAAAUCAACUGUGAUGCCAGAGACAGGCAUGGAGAAGAAAUCAAGAGAGGCACGGACCUUACAUUUAAAGAUAUCUCCUCCUGGGUUGACCCGGAAGGAGAAACAGUGGAAAAAGAAGAGGCUAUGCCCUUAGACUCUCACAUAGUCAUGGGGGAUUCUCUGGACAAAAGUUCCAUGGUGGCAUGUAGCUCUUUCACUUUUCCUUGGCCUGCUCAAAAUCCUGACUCAGGAAAGAGUAGUGGCUCAGUGAAAGAGCAAGACAUCGACCCUGAUGCCUCCACAGUAGAUGAGGAGGGCCAGCUGCUCGACAGCACAGACAUUCACCCCACAAGUGGAUGUGGCUCUUCUAGCCUAUGUGCUCUGAGGCAGCCGCAUGGUCAGGGGGCUGAGACACCCAACCCGUCUGUAAGUAGUAAUGUUGCCUUCCUUGAUCUUAGCAAGGACUGCACUACCACGGAGGAAGGAAACAAGCCAGGAAGCAUUCUAAACUGCAGCCAGAACUCCAGCUCAUCUUCAGCAUGGUGGUUGAAAUCACCUGCAUUUUCUAGCAGUUCUUCUGAGGGGGAAAACCCAUGGUCCUUUCUGAAUUCCAGUGGAAGUUCUUUUGUUUCAUUGCCAGAAAUGACAAGGCAAGAGAUCCUAGAGGCUCGAACCCUGCACCCUGAUGACUUUGAAAAACUCUUUGCAGGGGUGAGACAUGAUUGGCUGUUAAAGAGACUGGGGAAUACUGGAGUUUUUAAGCCUAAUCAACUCCACCAAGCACACAAUGCUCUUUUAUUAAAAUACUCUAAAAAAUCAGAAUUAUGGACAGCCCAAGAAACUAUUGUAUAUUUGGGGGACUACCUGAAUGUGAAGAAGAAAGGCAGACAAAGAAAUGCUUUUUGGGUUCAUCAUCUUCAUCAAGAAGAAACUCUGGGGAGAUAUGUUGGGAAAGAAUAUAAGGAGCAGAAGGGACUCUGGCACCACUUCACUGAUGUGGAACGGCAAAUGACCGCCCAGCACUAUGUGACAGAAUUUAACAAGAGACUUUAUGAACAAAAUAUUCCAACACAGAUAUUCUAUAUCCCAUCCACGGUAUUGCUGAUUUUGGAAGGCAAGACAAUAAAGGGAUGUAUCAGUGUGGAACCUUACAUACUGGGGGAAUUUGUAAAAUUAUCGAAUAACACAAAAGUGGUUAAAACAGAAUACAAAGCCACAGAGUAUGGCUUGGCUUAUGGCCAUUUUUCCUACGAGUUUUCUAAUCAUAGAGAUGUUGUAGUCGAUUUACAAGGCUGGGUGACUGGUAAUGGAAAAGGGGUCAUCUAUCUGACAGAUCCCCAGAUUCACUCUGUCGAUCAGAAUGAUGUCUCUACCAAUUUUGGAAAGAAAGGAAUAUUUUACUUUUUUAAGCACCAGCACGUGGAAUGUAAUGAAAUAUGCCAUCGUCUUUCUCUGACAAGACCUCCAGUUGAGAAACCAAAUAAAUCAUAGAUUAUGUGGCAUGGUAAUGGGAUGAGCUUGGCGCUCCUCACCAGUGUCAAGUCCUCCUCUCCUUGCAGGCACACACGGUAUGGCAUAGCCUGGUCUCCUUGGGCAUAGUCAGGGCCUUGGACUACUUCUGGCUAAUAAUUUGUGAGAUGAAUGUGUAUCAACUUCAGGCCCAUUUAAUUGCCAGUGCAUGGACUCCUGGAUAGCUCAGCGGUUGAGCAUCUGCCUUUGGCUCAGGGCAUGAUCCUGGAGUUCCGGGAUCGAGUCCCACAUCAGGCUUCCUGCAUGGAGCCUGCUUCUCCCUCUGCCUAUGUCUCUGCCUCUCUCUCUCUCUGUGUCACUCAUGAAUAAAUAAAUAGAAUCUCUAAAGAAAAAAAUAAUUGUGAGUGCAAGAUGCUGUGGAGUUGCUUUCAUCCUGCCACAAUUGCCAAGAAUAUAUGAGGAUAUAGCUGCUUAUCAGUGUAAGUCCUGCAGUGAGGGCAACAUGGUAGAGGCCUCCACUGACCCAUCA